AGUGAUCUCGCGAGUAUUAGAGUUUUGGUGAGAGUUUGUGGAAGAUGGCGCCUGUUGUGACAGGGAAGUUUGGGGAGCGACCUCAGCCGCAACGCCUAACCAGAGAAGCAAUGCGGAAUUAUCUAAAGGAGCGGGGUGAUCAAACAGUACUAAUUCUUCAUGCGAAAGUUGCACAAAAAUCAUACGGAAAUGAAAAAAGGUUUUUCUGUCCUCCCCCUUGUGUAUACCUUAUGGGAAGCGGGUGGAAGAAAAAGAAAGAACAAAUGGAACGAGAUGGCUGCUCUGAACAGGAAUCUCAGCCAUGUGCAUUCAUUGGAAUUGGUAACAGUGAUCAAGAAAUGCAGCAGUUAAAUUUGGAAGGAAAGAAUUAUUGCACAGCCAAAACUUUGUACAUAUCUGACUCCGACAAGAGAAAGCACUUCAUGUUGUCUGUAAAAAUGUUCUAUGGUAAUAGUGACGACAUUGGCGUAUUCCUCAGUAAACGGAUUAAAGUCAUCUCCAAACCUUCCAAAAAGAAGCAGUCCUUGAAAAAUGCAGACUUAUGUAUUGCUUCAGGGACGAAAGUGGCAUUGUUCAAUCGACUUCGUUCGCAGACAGUCAGUACGAGGUAUUUACAUGUAGAAGGAGGGAAUUUCCAUGCCAGUUCACAGCAGUGGGGAGCCUUUUACAUCCAUCUUUUGGAUGAUGAAGAAUCCGAGGGUGAAGAAUUCACAGUACGAGAUGGCUAUAUUCAUUACGGACAGACAGUGAAACUUGUGUGUUCAGUAACUGGCAUGGCACUCCCCAGACUGAUAAUCCGUAAAGUGGAUAAACAAACAGCAUUGCUAGAUGCAGAUGAUCCAGUAUCGCAGCUUCAUAAGUGUGCUUUUUAUUUGAAGGACACAGAAAGAAUGUACCUGUGCCUUUCUCAGGAGAGGAUAAUCCAGUUUCAAGCCACUCCAUGUCCAAAAGAACCAAACAAAGAAAUGAUAAACGAUGGCGCCUCUUGGACAAUCAUCAGCACAGACAAGGCAGAAUAUACUUUCUAUGAGGGGAUGGGGCCUGUGCAUUCACCAGUUACUCCAGUGCCUGUUGUAGAAAGCUUACAGCUAAAUGGAGGUGGGGAUGUGGCCAUGCUGGAACUUACAGGACAGAAUUUCACACCAAAUCUUCGGGUUUGGUUUGGGGAUGUAGAAGCUGAAACUAUGUACAGGUGUGCAGAGAGCAUGCUGUGCGUCGUUCCAGAUAUUUCUGCAUUCCGCGAGGGCUGGAGGUGGGUUCGGCAGCCAGUUCAGGUCCCUGUCACUUUGGUUCGAAACGAUGGGAUUAUCUACUCCACCACCCUUACUUUCACUUACACACCAGAGCCAGGGCCCAGACCACACUGCAAUGCUGCUGGGGCCAUCCUCCGAGCAAACUCAAGCCUGAUGGCAUCAAGUGAACCCAACACAAAUAGUGAGGGAAGUUACACAACUCUCACCACAAAUUCUACCAAUGUCACAUCUUCAGCUGCAACGGUAGUAUCUUAACCUACCAACUGAAACAAAAGACUUUAAACUGACUUAAGUGCUACAUAAAGGAAAAGGAAGAAAAGAAAACAACUGUAAUCUUCAACACCCAUUGUGGUUUCAUAGGGACAAGCCUGUUUUGAUCUGAAAGCAUAAGUGAACUGAUGGGAGCCUAGAUCAAAUAAAGGGUAAAAAAACAAGAAACCACAAGAUACAUCAGCCAUGUAUAAAACUUUAAUAAAAAAAAGUCUAUUUUUCAGUUUUUUUUUUUUGUAAAGGGGCAAGAUGUAUAAAUGUGGGUGCGACUGGAGGUUCAGCAAAGUAGAACGCAUAUAAAACAUGAUAACAUAGUUUUUAUGGACCAAUGAUCUUGUAUAAGCUUUAGUAAAGGUACAUUUUCACCAUACCUUUUUUUUGUAUUAAACAUAUAGUACACUUUUGUUACCAAAUAGUUUAUAUUUUUCCUCAGAGUUUUGGCUCUGAAGUAUAUCCAGGUUCCAGGGUAGAACUUGCUUGUAUAUUAUAGCUACCUUACUCUUCCAGUAAAACUUGUAUUUUGGUCUCCAACUGGAACUACUUUUUUGUUUUUUAAAUGAAAAUCUUUGUGACUUUACAAAACUGAAGUUGUGUUCAUUUCAUUUAUAUGAAGUCUAUACAAAAGCUUUAAGCAACGCCUCUGCCUUGCCUGCAAUACAUGCUGUACGCUAACCUUUUAAACUUUUUUUUUUGUUGUUCAAUCAUUGUGCAUUGGAGCAGUAGUGUUCCAUCUAGCUCUUCCAGUUCCCCCCUACCCCUAGGCUUUACAUGUGAGGUUCUGUCUUUAUCUGAGUUCAGACAUGUGGCAAAGUAUUCGUGUUAGCAAUUGUUGCCUUAGGCCAUGCCAUGGCAAGCUCAAAUAGUUUAUAUGGUUCAUUUGCAUUAUUUGCCUAAUGUUAAAGAAUUCUUAAAGGAUUACUCAUUUCAUUUAGUUUUUUUCUGAAAUCAUGUGACCCAUAUAAACAAAUUUAAAGGCAAAAUUAACCAAAUAUAUAUUUUUUAAUGCUGUGUGCAGUCCUGUCAAAGUGCUGCUGUUAAUAUUUAUUCACCUGUUUUCUAACCACCCUGUCUUCCCAAUGUCUGAGUUAUUGUAUAGACCUAAUCCCCUGUCUUCUAAGGCCAGAGUGAUCAUGAACAAUAUGCUCCAUAUAAGAAGUUUGAGACCGAUAUUUGCAUUUGUUGUGGCCUUACUGCUGCUUUUGUGCUGCAAUGCAUUUCUGUAAAUGCCUCUAGUUAUUUUGUUGCUUUUAAUCGCCUUUCAAUUUUAGCAGUCCCCGCCCCCCAUCCCCCGUCCCCUUCUCUUUAAACUGUGCUUUGGCCAGAAGGUUGAGAACUAAGUAUAUGUUAAAGAGCUUACUGUUUGUAAACGCUAUCUUUCUUAUACAUGUUGUUUUAUAAAAUUAUAAAUCUAAAGAUGGCUUGCACUGUACGACUGGAUCCUGUUAUGGUCCUACCGGGGUUAUUUGGUUACAGUUACAUUUGUUUUGUAUUAAAUUAGUUUAGGCCAUCUGUAUCUGCAGCUGUGAUUCCCAUUCAUUGUCAAUUUAAAUAAUUGGACUUUGUUGAAGUAACACGCUAGUGUAGUAAUAAGCGAGUGAGGACAUUUUCAAUCAGUUCACUUUUUGUAACUAGUACUGUACAUGUUCAUUAUCUACAUAUGGUGCAGUAAUUCCUGCUCAGAAAAUCUGGGGGAGCUCUUAAAGGAACGAAAUAUUCCCCAUUCUAUAGUAACCAUGCCUUAGUAAAACUUGUAUGUGAAAAAUUAUGAUAUAGAAUACUAAUAUGAGUCGAAUGCAACAGGCCAAAAGGCUUGCUAAGCCAGUAAUCUUUGCUGAAAUACAUUGUCUACUUUUUAUACCUGUAAAAUGUAGACUACAGUAGUCCACCUGAGGUUUUCUUUAAGUCUACCACUGACCCCUUUCCAAUGUGCUUUUAGUCUCAGUGCAUUUUUUAAGUCUGUAUUACAAUAUUAGUUUCAUUUUUGGGUUAUUGAGGUGAAGAACUGUAGCUGGCUUCUUGCAGAUUUUCAAUCCUGUCCUUAUUAUUUUAUUUUCCAGUAGUGUUAGCUAAGCUGCAUUUAGGAAUGUCUUCCAUAACUCUAAUAGCUGUGAAACAAAGAUAGCAUAUACAAAUAGACUGAGAUUUUCAAAAGUUCAUGUUAAGCCUUUAACAGUUUUUUUAAAAAUGUUGGUCUAUGUAAGUGGUGAUUUUUGAAAGUCUACAUUAUAUACAUAGUCCUAGCAGAAUAUUACAUUUUCAAACCACAAUAGGGAGGGAUGUUUUUCGCAUAUUCUGAGUUAUGUUAUUUUUAAUUUGUUUUUUUUUUAAUUUUUUUUAUUUUUUAUUUAUAUAAUAUAUAUGCCCAAUGUACAGUGUGGUAUUUGUAUUUUUAAAUUAUUAACUCAUUUUGAGCUUUUGUUUGUUCCACCAGCAAACAAGUGCAUUAUGCCCCAGGUACCUGUUUUGGCCUUCAUUAGCUGUCAAUAGGCAGACUGCUGCAGUGAUGAUGAAUGGGGUUGGUUGGGUUUUUGUAUUUCUCCAGGGUGGCAUUAAACUACAUUAAAGCAGCAAGACAACUUUUAACAGUAAAGUUGCUUUAAUAUCAGAGUGAAAUUGCUUUAUUUUUUACUGUGUGCUGUUUGCUGCCUUCAUUUAUUUACCAUAUGUUCUGUAGUUAUUGAAAUCAAACAAAACCCUUCCAUUAUCUCCUGUUGGUUUCCAUGUCUUCGAAGGUAGCAUACCAGAAGGAAUAGAUAAUCUUGCCUCCAUUAUUAUAAUGUAAAUUCCUUAUCAUUAAACUUGAGGUGUACAGCUCUAAAACAUUACAGAAUUUGAACAUAUCUAAUAGACCAUCUUUUCUGGUUUGACUGUUUACAUUAAUUUGGUUAACAAGGAUGUAGUAAACUGAACAACUAGUAAAAGCUUGUAUAUGGUUUUUGCUGCAGUAAUUAAUGGUCAACAGUAAUAACCAUAACCAUCUGACUAUUAAUUUGUCUUCUGUCAGUUUAAACAAAAGCAGCACAGAACAGCAUAUCUGUCUAUAGGACCUCUUUCUGGUGAGCAUUCUAAUGUUACAAGUGUUACCAGAUCUGCAGAUAGUGGUACCACAAAGCUGACGGAACAAAGAUUUUGUAAAAAUAAAUAAAUAAAAUAAAAUAAAUAAGAAUAAUAAACAUUUGUCAGUCACACUUUGAGGAUAUACAGUUAACAUAUUUUCAUUGGUGUUUUCUUCAGAAAGCAACUGUGUUUUUUUUUUUUUUUUUUAAAUGAGCUCUGAACAACUGUGUAUACUUUAAUAUGCCAAAUGUUUUACUUUUAUGUUUUCAUGCACUGCAGUGUGGGAUUGAGAGGCAGCUUUGUUGAAAACGAUAUGUAAUAAAACAAUAGUUUUCAUACUGAACCCUUUGAGAUCUGAAGUGUCUUCUCCACAAAAUGUAUAGAUUACAUUUUUACUAGUUCCAUACUGUACUGCAUUCUUAGUAGUACUCUAGCCACUGUUAUAUAUAAAUGCAUUCAAAAAUAGUGUUCUCAGUACUCAAAGGGUCAAUUAGUAAGAAAUGUGCACAUGUAAUAUUUUAGCAAUAACAUGAAAUAAGGGGACAGUUUUUGAUAACAGCAUUGUUGUACAUAUUGCACCUGCUCAGUUCCAUAUUUCAUUGAAUCAAAACCUACAACAUGGGCAAAAUCAAGAAAUAAAACUGAAAUAUAAACCA